AAAGAUGGAGAUGUGUUUUUAGCCGAUUCAUGAAGAUGGUUAAGGACUUUAUCACUGUCUGCUGGUAAUGCAUCAUGAUUUCUGAUGUUCGUUUCUCUCAGAACGUUCAGCAGGCCAUAAUUAGACCCACUGCCUUCAAACCCGUGGUCCCUAGGAGCCGUAACUGCAUGCAGUAUCUGUCCCCGCGGCUCGGCGCCGGUCUGUCGGGAAGCCAAGGAAACCUCAGCAUGUGUUCUCCAGAAGACGAAGACGUCUCGCCCGUGACGACGGAACGGCGCAGCUCUUACAGCGGCGCUCGCAACGCUUUGUUCAGCCAGUCGUUUACGAUGACGGACACAGCGCGCAACUCCUUAACCAACCUGCCGGCGUAUAACGGGCCGAGCCAGAGCGAGGCGAGCAAACAUCACGGACACUCCAACUCCGACAGCGGCCGCUCCUCGUCCAGCAAGAGCACGGGCUCCCUGAGCGGCCGCGGCCCCCUGCUGACCGACCCGCUGUCCCCGCCGCCCUUCGAGGCCUACGAGGCCAUCGUCAGAGACCUGGAGGACAAACUGAGGGAGCGAGACCUGGAGCUUCAGCAGCUCGGGGAAAACCUGGACGAGAACGAAGCAGCCAUCUGUCAGGUGUACGAGGAGCGUCAGAAGCGCACGGAGCUGGAGAUGGAGGAGUUCAGACAGACGUGUGCGGCUAAGAUGCAGAAGGCGUCUCAUAAAGCGCAGCGCGAGCAGCAGCUCCUGCAGCUCCAGGUGUUUCAGCUGCAGCAGGAGAAGAAGAAGCAGCAGGAGGACAUGACGCAGCUCCUGCAGGAGCGCCAGAGGCUCGAGGAGCGCUGCGCCUCCUACGAACGAGAGCACACGCAGCUGGGGCCCAGACUGGAGGAGACCAAGUGGGAGGUGUGUCAGAAGUCUGGAGAGAUCUCACUGCUGAAGCAGCAGCUGAAGGACCUGCAGGCCGAUCUGGCGCAGCGCGUCGGUGAGCUGGUGACGUUACGAGGACAGCUGCGAGAGGUUCGAGCCGAGCUGCAGACGUGUCAGAGUCAGCUGCAGGAGGUGCACACGGCCUCACACACACGGACGCUGGAGCUCGAGGUCUGCGAGAACGAACUGCAGCGCCGCAAGAGUGAGAACGAGCUGCUCCGGGACAAAAUAAGCCGUCUGGAAGACCUUAGCGCCUCGAGCGCCGACGACAGCGAGGAACUGAAAGCCUCAAAGCAGCAGAUCGAUCGUCUGAAGGCGGAGCUCGCUUACGAACGCCAGCACUCCUCCGAUCAGACGUCUGAGUUCAAGAGCGAGAGAAAGAGCUGGGAGGAGCUUAUACCAAAUCAUUUUGAGACUUUGGCUCAUAUGACGGUGUUUUGGUGCCAUGUAAAAAGAUUUUUUUAA